GCAGGCAGGCAGGCAACGGCAGGAUCACGCGCUGAUGUAGGAGCGCGCGCGGAGCGAUGAACCUGGACCGGAACUGUAACGUGGUGCAGAGUGCGGUGCAGAGUGCCGUAGGAUCCCACAGCUGCGUGUUGUUCCGCGGCCACUGGCAGCCCACGCUUACCUACUGGAGCGCGUUCUUCAGCUUCGGCCUGUGCCUGGCCCUGCUCGGCCCCACCGUGCUCGACCUGCGCUGCCAGACGCACUCCACCCUUCAGCAGGUCACACUCGCCUUCUUCUCGCAGCAGUUCUGCCUGUUCGUGGGCAGCUUCGUGGGCGGAAUCUUCAGCAAGUCAUUUUGCUCCUCCUUGACGUCCCUUGCUGCAUCCACAUUCAUCAUCUCUGUGGUGUUUGCAUUAAUCCCACUAUGCAGCAAUCUGUCGAUGCUAGUAACAGCAAUGGCCGUUACUGGCCUGGCCAUGGGCAUUAUCGAUACCAUCUCCAACCUGCAGCUGGUGAAGCUUUACCAAAAGGACUCCACUGUCUUCCUCCAGGUGCUUCACUUUUUCAUUGGUCUCGGAGCAUUGUUAAGCCCCCUCAUCGCUGACCCGUUUCUAUCUGAAACUGACUGCAUCUUAGGAAACACCACCAUCAAUUCAAGUUCAACCAUGAGGCACCUGAGGAACACGCUAUCCGGCAGACACCUACAUAAUGUGUCCCACAUUUCUCUCGAAAAUGACGGUGAAGUGGGCACCAAAGUGUCUUACGCCUUCUGGAUCAUGGCGUUCGUCAAUCUCCCUGUGCCUAUUGCUGUUUUGAUCCUAAUGUAUCGGCAGCAAAUGCUCCCAUGCUGCCCUGAGCCCAGUCCUCGUCUCCUGGGUCAGGAGUCACGCUUGGGUGCAGUGAAGAUGCAGGGCAGCGUAGACAAGGCAGACGUAAGCAGCACAGAGCUGAAUGAACCUACAGGCCACAUGGACAUGCUAAACUGCUGUCGCCUCAGCAGGUUGAGAGGACAGCCUGCAUCCUUCUUUGGGCUCCAUGUCUUCGGCGGGAUGGUGCUUUUCUUCUCAGAUGGCAUAGUGGGGUCGUACACAGGUUUUGUUUAUACCUAUGCCGUGGCUCCACCUAUGAGUCUAACGCACAAGAUGGCGGGCUACCUGACCAGUGUGUUCUGGGCAGCUAUCACAGUGGGACGUCUAGUCUCUAUACCGCUGUCUUACCGGGUCAAACCUGUUCGCCUACUCACAUUUAACCAGGUUGGAGUGAUUUUGACUCAGUUGCUUCUGCUCAUCCUGUACACAAACAGCGCCUUCCUUUUCGUUGGUACCUGCUUUCUUGGUCUGUUUAUCAGCAGCGUCUACCCGUGUCUGCUGGCUCUGACGGAAGACCUCCUUGACUACAAAGGUUGUGCCACUACAGUCCUUGUGACCUCUGCUGGGAUGGGAGAGAUGCUUCUUCAGUCACUGGUCGGAUCGAUGAUAGAUACACAUGGCAGUUACAGCUUCUUGUUGUGUGGUAUGAUCUUUGGCUGCAUGGGCUUCACACUCUUCCUGGCUCUGCUUUUAGUUCAACACAGACACAAAAAGCACUUAGCAGCUGCGAGUGCCACUCCUGUAGCAGAAAGCUCUGGGACAAACGAAGAUGAACACUGAGUAACCAGUCAUGCUUUAGUCGAAGUAGGAUCAAACAGACCAAGACGGUCACAGUCCGAGUCUGAGACUGCAUCAUACGAGAGAAGAGGACCAGACCGAGACUGAAUCAGUGGAUUGAGAUGAUCCUCACACGCUAAGAUUUGAUUUUUCAAAGAACUUUACACCAAGCCCAAAGAUGAUUUGUUGUUGAUUCAUCUGUAUUAAGCAAGUAGAGGUGUUCCAAGUCUGAGGAAAUCGGGGUUUUUGUUGCUGAGUCUGUUGUCGUUGCCAAAAAAAAAAAAGUGAGAAAGGCCUAGGACUUUCCUCCUGUUUGGACAUGUUUGGUAUGAGUUGGGCUAAAGCAUGUUGUGAAUCACCUUAAACGCUAAAUUUAUACAUCACUGGCUGCCCGUUAUGUUUGUGACUAAUCAUUAUACAGUGUAAAUCUAACAAAUAAAACACAUUUAAUCCAACUUUCA